AUGCCAACCGUUACUAUUUACUGUCCGCAGAAGCUGAGCAAAGACAAAAUCUUGGUCAAGAAAAUGGUUGAGCGCGGAGCAGAUCCGACCGCCCAGAGUGAAGACUACGGCGAUGCUCUCUACGACGCGGCAGACCAUGGAGAUCUAAUUCAAGUCAGACAGUUACUUGAACGUGGAGCAGAUCCGAAUAAGCAGCAUGGAUAUUUCGGCAAUGCUCUUCAAGCAGCAACGUAUUAUCAAUCUCUGGAGACAGUGAAGUUGUUGCUUGAGCAUGGAGCAGAUCCGAAUAAGCAGGGUGUAUUCUACGGCAAUGCUCUUGAAGCAGCAGCGUUUUAUGGAUCCCUGGAGAUAGUGAAGUUGUUGCUUGAGCGUGGAGUAGAUCCGAAUAAACAGGGUGGAAGCUUCGGCAAUGCUCUUCAAGCAGCAGCGUAUCGUGGUUCUCUGGAGAUAGUGAAGUUGUUGCUUAAGCGUGGAGCAGAUCCGAAUAAACAAAGAGGUGGAGACUUCGGCAAUGCUCUUCAAGCAGCAGCGUAUGGUGGUUCUCUGGAGAUAGUGAAGUUGUUGCUUGAGCAUGGAGCAGAUCCGAAUAAACAGGGUGGAAGCUUCGGCAAUGCUCUUCAAGCAGCAGCGUUUUAUGGAUCCCUGGAGAUAGUGAAGUUGUUGCUUGAGCGUGGAGUAGAUCCGAAUAAACAGGGUGGAAGCUUCGGCAAUGCUCUUCAAGCAGCAGCGUAUGGUGGUUCUCUGGAGAUAGUGAAGUUGUUGCUUGAGCAUGGAGCAGAUCCGAAUAAACAGGGUGGAAGCUUCGGCAAUGCUCUUCAAGCAGCAGCGUUUUAUGGAUCCCUGGAGAUAGUGAAGUUGUUGCUUGAGCGUGGAGCAGAUCCGAAUAAGCAGGGUGGAUACUACGAUAAUGCUCUUCAAGCAGUGACACGACAGGGUAAUCUGGAGAUGGUGAAGCUGUUACUCAGUCAUAAUGCGGACGUCACUAUACAGCCGAAAUCGAUAAGCCGUCGUUCUCUGCUUCACGUUGCCGUUGAGUCCGGCGAUCUUGCUGUUCUGGAAACACUAUGGGAUGCGGGUGCAGGUAUUCAUUUGACCACACAGGAUGAGUCUGGAUCAACACCACUCCAUGUUGCGGUCGACAAAGGGGGCGUUGCAAUUGCCAAGUAUAUUCUCGAUCACGGAGCUUCGCCGGAUAUAGAAGACUUGGGGGACACAAAUUCAUUUCAGUUGGCUAUGCGCAAACAGAAUCGCGAUAUGGUGCUCUUACUUUAUCCAAAAACCACCGCUGAUCUAUCCAAGAUAACCGCAUCAGACUGGCGACUUUGUUCUGGCGGUGUUUCUAAUUGCAACCUUGAGAUGGUUAGUGAUCAGUCAGCCAAGGCCGUUUUCAGAGAUGAGAGCUUGGAACAGGAACUUGAGGAAUUGUCAUACCCUCUCUACGGGCAGACAGCAUUACGUGCGCAUUUCACUGACUUCAUGAACAAACAUCGCAUUGGUAAACGAAUGUUCAUCCUUGCGGAUGGUACUAUGCUGCUUCCUAAAGCUGAAUUCGGUUUCUUCCACUGCCGCUGGUGGCACCUGUCGCACGGGCACUGGGAGGCCCUGAUGAGCUCAGCCCCAAGCCAGAAUACUGUUCGCCAAACAACUGCAGAAGAUUCGUACGAGGAUCUUGAGAUCGAGCGGUAG